AUGCCAACACCGAUACCUGCCGCUGCGCCAGCGGGGAUACGAUCGCUAGAUUCUGCCGCACUUGAGCAGACGGGAAUCGCUGUGCCGCUGGGUCCGCCGCCCGUGGACGUGGGCUCGAUACCUAGAUCCACGGCCACAGCCGUGUUCAACAAGAGUCUGCCCUUUGGCCGCGGCAUCGUAAAGUUGCCUUUGGCACAGUCGUUCCGGCCAUUGCACGUCCAGAUAGCGCCAUCGAAGCAAUAA